ACUAAACGUCCUCCUCAGGUUGUCCAUUCAGCUUUGACAUUGCCUCCAGCUGGGCAACUACGUCCAUUUACCGCUGGUCCAGAUGCAAUUCCACUGGGAAGCUUGAUCUCAAAGUACACGCUGAAAGCCCUCAACGACGAAGGCUAUGUCAACUGUACCGUAAAACCAACAUACAGUGAACUNCAAAAGGCCUAUGGACACGGAGCUAUUAUGAGAAACCUGGACAGACAGAAAGGGCACCUAGGACAGACGGAACCAUUUCAUAUCCACCCGUGUCUGCAACGCAGCCAAUGGGACGAGACUCUUGAUGACGAAGACUGGCAUGCCAUUUUGCCUUCUGUAGAGCUGGCCUCGCGGUUCUUGGACGAUCCAGCAAUCACACCAUUUUUCGCCGGCUUGAUGGGCAACUAUACGAAACUGGACGAUUCUAUUCUCCAAAAGACUCACGGCAAGGAGUUUCAGCGGUGGGAUUACGACAACACUGUGACCCAAGUAAAGGAGGAUUAUGAGAAGGCCUUGUUCGCGAUGAUGGCUCUGAAAAAGGAGGUUGUGCUGGGAUUUACCAAGAUGGAUAGUCAUGGUUGGACGAAAUGGAGCAAGAACAAUGAAGUCUGCGUGGUCUGCAUCAACGAAGAGUAUGUGCAAAUACUCCGCGAGGAUCCCGGAUGGGGAGCCCAGAGAUGGUCGCAGCCCUGGUCGCCCGGUACCGAUGAGCCAUCAGCCAGAAUGCGUACCAGAUACCUACUCGCAGUGACCAUCGUACAUGAAUUUGCCCACUUUGUGGGCAGGUGGCAGAAANNGCACUUGUCAGAACCAGGAGACGAGAAUGGUCCCGAACCGUUUCUACGCGACCAUCCCUAUAACGAGCUUGGCUACGACCUCGAGAACAUGAUAUUCUCAGGUUGGGUCGAGCCAAGCGGAGCAAUCAUACACGGUUCGGCACCCUACGGUCUGAACAUUGUACGAUACCCAGGUACCUCGUGCACGACACCGUACCCAAGAGGCCAAGCUCGAGAUUGGUCAGUAAUCUGGGAUACCCGAUAUCCAGUGCAAAUGGAUUUCUGCAAGAAAAUGUUCACAAAAGACUUUUGGAAUGAAGAAGUCGCCAGAUACGGGCUCUCUCGUUGCCGUCCGGAGAAGAGGAAAGGAGUUAGGAGAUACCGCAAGUUUUCCGAGGUGCCCGAUCCACUGGAACAAGGCCUGAGUCCAAAAUCACUAGUUGUGUAUCGGUCUGAGAAGGAGCGCAGAGCUGCCACAAUAGAAGCCGCGAUUAUGGCUGAUGAUGUCGACUCAAGCGACACAGAGGAUGCGGAUGAUGAUGGCAUUGUCAUAAGAGGCAAGCACAAGAAGACUCAGGAAGAGGCUCGUAGAAAGGCUCAAGAAGCACAGACUGGUGAUAUUGAUAUGUCGGAUGCACUACCAAAUCAGGCCACGGAAACUGCGAAAGCUGGGCUUCUUUGGUUUAUCGUCGCCUGCGACAAUGAAUCGGGUGCCAUGCUGGUCUCUGCUUACUUGUUCAUUAAUCCUACAGUAUCCGGGAGAGAGAGAAUUCUAAGGCUGGCCCGGCCAGCUGUGGUUCAGCCAGCAUCUAAUAACGAUACAAUACCUAGUUUACCAGCACAAGACGCGGAGCAACCCAUCACAAACACCUUAGAACAACAUCUCGCUCCAACGGAUGGAGGCGUCGCAGCAUGGAGACUUCUCCUGGCGGCAUUCGUCUUCGAAACCCUACUCUGGGGCUUUCCCCUCUCCUUUGGUGUUUUCCAAGACCAUUACUCCAGAACGCCCGAGUUUGCGGAUAAUUCGUACAUCCCUGUGGUGGGCACCGUAGCUUCUGGCUUGGGCUAUCUAGGCGCUCCGAUGAUGAUGUUGAUUAUUCAACGCUUUCCACGGUAUCGCCGGUAUAUGAUAUGGAUUGGAUGGCCCAUUUGCAUCCUCGGUCUCGCACUAGGCUCCUUUGCCACUUCUCUUGAAGCAUUAAUCGCAUCCCAAGGAGUGGCGUAUGGCUUGGGGUUUUUGAUCUUCUAUUAUCCCAUUCUUUCGAUGGUGGAUGAAUACUGGAUUGCAAAGAGAGGCAUGGCUUAUGGUAUCCUUUGCGCCGCAUCCGGACUCUCUGGAGGUUUUAUGCCAUUUGUGCUUCAAGCUUUGCUCGACACAUAUGGAUUCAGGGUUACUUUGAGAGCAGUGGCGGUUGCAUUGACAGUGCUUACAGGCCCUUUGAUACCAUUGUUCAGAGGACGUUUGCCAGUAUCGAGAAACACUGCGAGCAGAAAAAUCAACUGGGAAUUUCUUCGCCAACCAAUGUUUUGGAUAUAUUCGGUUGCGAACACGUUGCAAGGGUUUGGAUACUUCUUUCCUGGGUUGUACUUGCCUUCGUUUGCAUCUUCGCUGUCUCUCAAGCCUCAUAGCGGAGCGAUACUGCUGACAGUGAUGAGUAUUUGCCAAGUGUGUAGUCAGUUCACGUUUGGCAUGCUCUCGGACAGAAAGAUGUCGAUAAAUGUUCUGGCAUUCUCGUCGACGGCAAUGGCAGCGAUUGCGGUGCUCGGGAUCUGGAAAGUGGCAUCUUCUCUUCCAGUGCUAAUCGUGUUUGGGAUCUUGUAUGGAUUCUUCGCGGCAGGGUUCACAGCGAUUUGGGCAAGGUUGACCAGUUCGGUGACGGAUGAUGUCGGAACGGCACCUGUGGUGUUUGGACUUUGGAACUUCCAGAAGGGUUUAGGGAAUGUACUUGCGGGGCCUAUUGGAGGUGUUUUGGUUGAUGUGGGAGGAGGGGUAGGAGGUGGAGUGUAUAGGUGGGUGAUUAUGUUCACAGAGCUUUCGACUUCGUCAUUGGGCACAGAAAAAGUUGUCGCAUUCAGUUCAUACAAGUCAAGCACAACACAACACAACACCGCCAAUAUGCCUAAUGAACUCGAAGAGCUCGUCGAAUUCCUCCACCAUGGAAACACUCAGAUCCGCCAGAUUGCGGUCGAAAACCUCGUCGGCUUCUCAACAGCACAGCCUUCUCUCUUCAAAUACCAAGACCUCACACCCGUCAAAGACAUGAAACUGCUCGUCCGCGAUUACCCGCCCAUCGCAAAGAACGUCCUCACAAUCCUCGUAAACAUUUCCUCCGAUGAGCAAGUGCUCAACUACCUCGCCGAAGACGACCAGUUCCUCGAGGUUCUGUACUCGCGCAUCACAAACGCCAAAGAGGAAAAUGCAGACGAAAUGGCCAUGCUACUUGCCAACCUCACAAAACAUGAACACCUCAAGACGCUGCUUACACUCAAACGCGAUAUCCCCAAACCGCUCUCUACAUCUCCGUUCGCCAUCGAUCAAUUGCUGGAUCUGUUCGUCAAGGGUCAAGAGGGCAGUUACAACGAAAAGGCAAACUUCGACUAUCUCUGCUACGUCUUUGCCGACAUUUCGAAAUACGAGGAGGGUCGCAAGCAUUUCCUGACUCCGCGCGAAGAAGACGACAACAUCAUUCCCCUAACAAAACUCAUCGUCUUUACCGAGCACAAGUCAACCAUUCGCCGCAGAGGUGUGGCCUCCACAAUCAAGAACGCCGCUUUCGAAUCAGACGUCCACGCCAAAAUGCUCUCAACAGACGAAACCAAUGGCGGCCUUAAUAUCCUACCUUACCUCCUUCUCCCACUCAUGGGACCCGAAGAAUACGAAGACAAAGACAUGGACACCAUGCCCGAAGAACUGCAACUACUGCCUCCAGACAAGACCCGCGAGACCGAAACCGACAUCCAGAUCAUUCACCUCGAGACUUUGCUCUUGCUCACCACAAACAGAGAAGGCAGAGACUUNUUGCGGGAAAAGAAUGUGUAUGCGGUGAUGAGGGAGUUGCAUUUGCAUACUGAGAGUCCGGAUGUACAGGAGGCUUGUGAUCGUGUUGUGCAGAUUAUUGCCAGAGAUGAGGAGGGUGAGGGUGAGGAGCCACCGCAGCCGCCAAAGGUGCAGGAGAUUGAUGAUGAGGACGAGUUGGUUGAGGUUGCGCCUCAAGAAGACAAUCAGAGUGUCAAGAAGCAAGACAACAGAAGAGAUUUCUCAAACUUGCCCCUUCAACUCUGUCAAAUCAUUAAUGUGGUUCGCCAUGGCAACGAACAAAUCAAAGAACAUAAGUCCACCACUCUCCAUCUCCACUUGCAUGGUUCCACUGCGCUUGAAGGUGUCGCGACUGCGGAUGAUCAGAGCAAGAUAGUGCGCACGCAACCGAGAAUCAGUCUCGGGAGUGUUGUCAUAGGCAAAUCUUGCACUGCGAAGGAUAGUUGCGACCUCGAUACCCGACUGCAAUCCUUGCUUGCGCAAAGACAGCUUCUUGAGCUCUUCGAGACCGAAUCGCUCUGCCAGGCAGUAGAUGGCAGUAUCCCUCAAGAUCAAGCCAUUGACUCUCGAACUGAAAGUGGUGACGGUAGUCGCAUUAUCCCUGCCCUGGGAUUUGGGGGAGAGGGAGGAACACUCGUCUACGGAUUCAAGUACCCAGGGCGAGGUGUUGAGGACGUCUUCAUGGGCGGCGAACAGGCGUUGAUCCUUGCCCACCACGAUGGUGACUAUGGCGCUGUUGAGCCUGGGAGAGGCUUGGCUGUAUAUACGAAUCAACGAAUGGAGAUCGAGAAAGAGAAGCGUUACGUGUGCGAGCAGCUUGGAGGGGUGGGUUGUCGGCGACCUUUUGGCGUGCGUAGAAGGAAAAGAGGAGAAUUGGAGAGUGGAGAUGACUACUUAUCAUCGAGGUUGUCACGCACCCCUGGCGCGAGGCUCGAGUUGCACGCAGCCGAUUGGGCGCGUGUGGUGUAUCAGGCAGCAGCCGCCAUUAUCGUGCAGGUAUUGACGAGGAGAGAUCUACAAUGCGAACUGGGCCAAGUGUCGACCAACCCCGUGCCGGGCACGCAAGUGCAGCUCGCCGAAGAAGGCAACGUCUUUCUCUGGGAGGUCAUCAUGCAGGGCCCUGAAGACUCUGUCUACGCCGUGUGUAACACUGUUCACUCCUCGAUGACUCACAAUGCUGACCUGCGCGCANNGAACGGCAAGUUCAAGAUCGAAGUCUCGCUUCCCAAGGAAUACCCCUUCAAGCCGCCCACCGUCUCGUUCAAGACCAAGAUCUACCACCCAAACGUGUCCAACGAUGACAAGGGCAGCAUGUGCCUGGGCAUGCUCCGUUCCGACCAGUGGAAGCCUCCAAACAAGAUUCGCGACGUUCUGAUCCUCGUCCGCCAAAUUCUCGCUGCGCCCCAACCUGAUGAUGCCGUCGAAAGUAGAAUUGCCGACGAGUACAAGAACAACCCGGACGUCUUUGAGAAGAAUGCAAAGGACUUUGUCGCAAAGUACUGCAAG